CACCCUUAUUUUGAUUCCAAACCACUCCUCUCUUACCCUCUCUUCUGCAAACUCUCCACAAAGUCACGAAACGAAACACGACGCCUUCUCCUUCCUCCCGACAACCAACCUCCGACGAUCUUCAUGGUACCACAAACCGAUUUCGCUGGAAUCUGAUCAAAACCCUCUCAACAGUUUCCCCCCCACACAAAUCCUCCAUUUCUCCCUUCCCUCCCUCUGCAAAAUUCAGAGAAUUCGAAUUGCUUCACUGUCUCUUAGUACAAUUGUUUUCCUUAUUUCAGGUACUUUUUGCAUGCAAUUAUUUAAUCAGAAAUAUAUGUUUUCUUUACUGAGGGGCUGAGGGAUUUGUUUAACAGUGUUUUAUGGGAGAUUAGAGGUGAAGUGAUAAAUUGGUGUUGGGGGGGUGGUGGAGUUAAGUGUAUGGUGGAGAUUAAGUGGAUCUGAGUAUUAUGGAUGUGACAAUGGAUUCGGGUGCCACCACGAGCAAUGUGUUUUUAGGGCCUAGGCAGGAUAUGGAGUUUGAAUCACAUGAAGAUGCAUACUCAUUUUACAAAGAAUAUGCCAAGUCUGUUGGGUUUGGUACUGCUAAAUUGAGCAGUCGUCGGUCUAGGGCAUCCAAGGAAUUUAUUGAUGCAAAGUUUUCUUGCAUACGGUAUGGAAACAAGCAACAAUCUGAUGAUGCCAUUAAUCCACGGCCUUCUCCGAAAAUUGGUUGCAAAGCAAGUUUGCAUGUGAAGAGAAGGCAACAUGGGAAAUGGUAUGUGCAUAGUUUCGUAAAGGAGCAUAAUCAUGAGUUAUUGCCAGACCAGGCACAUUUUUUUCGGAGCCACAGGAAUGCUGAUCCACUUAAGAAUGAUGCUCGAGUGAGAAGGCGGAAGAACCUUACUGCAGUUUCUAAACAAUUCAGUGCUUAUCAAAAUGUUGAAGGUUUGGAAGGUUUUCUGAGAAGUCAGCAUGAUAAGGGGCGGAGUUUGGUUUUGGAAAUGGGAGAUGCUCAAAUACUGCUUGAACUUUUCAUGCUUAUGCAGGAAGAGAACCCAAAAUUCUUCUAUGCAGUUGAUUUGAAUGAAGAGCAUCGAUUGAGAAAUGUGUUUUGGGUUGAUGCCAAAGGCAUGGAAGAUUUUAAUAGUUUUGGUGAUGUGGUGUUUUUUGACACUUCAUAUUUCACAAACAAGUAUAAGAUACCAUUGGUUCUUUUUAUUGGAGUCAACCAUCAUAUUCAACCCACACUGCUUGGUUGUGGGUUAAUUGCAGAUGAAACAGUUUAUACUUUUGUUUGGCUUAUGCAAACAUGGUUUAUGGCGAUGGGAGAGCGAUCUCCAAGAGUGAUACUCACAGAUCAAAACAAUGCCAUAAAAGCAGCUGUGGCAAAUGUCUUUCCUGGCACACGUCAUUGCUUCGGUUUGUGGUGUGUAAUGGAAAAAAUCCCCAGGCAUCUUGAGUAUCUGAAUGUCUGGCCUGCUACCUUCAUGGAGAAAUUUGAAAAAUGUAUUUGCAGGUCAUGGACUGAGGAACAGUUUGAGAAAAGGUGGUGGAAAUUGGUUGAUGAGUUUCAUCUUAGAGAGAUACAAUGGGUUCAGUCUUUAUAUGAAGAUCGCAAAUACUGGGUACCUACAUUCAUGAGAGAUGUAUCAUUUGCUGGGUUGUCUACAGUUUCACGGUCAGAGAGUUUGAAUGCUUCAUUUGAUAAAUAUGUGAACCAGGAAACAUCAUUGAGGGAGUUUGUGGAAAAAUACAAGGUAAUUCUUGAGGACAGGUAUGAAGAGGAAGCCAAAGCCAAUUUUGAUGCAUGGCAUGAAACUCCCGAGUUGAAGUCUCCGUCACCUUUUGAAAAACAAAUAUCACUUAUCUACACCCAUGAAAUCUUCAAGAAAUUUCAAGUCGAGGUUUUGGGAGCAGCAGCUUGUCAUCUUAAGAAAGAAAAUGAAGACGAAGCAACAACAACGUAUAGUGUGAAGGACUUUGAAGACAAUCAGAAUUAUAUGGUGGAAUGGAAUGAAUUAAAGUCAGAUAUAUACUGUUCAUGCUGUAGCUUUGAAUAUAAAGGUUAUCUGUGCAGGCAUGCUAUUGUUGUGUUUCAGAUGUCUGGGGUCUUUAGCAUCCCGUCUAAAUAUAUAUUGAAAAGGUGGACCAAUGCUGCUACCAGCAAGCAUCCAAUCAGUGAGAGAUUGGAUGACUUGCAAUCUAAGGUGCGCCGUUAUAAUGAUUUGUGUAGACGUGCCAUAAUACUGGGUGAAGAAGGUUCACUUUCUCAGGAGAGUUAUAAUGUUGCACUAUCUGCCAUAAAAGACGCUCUAAAACAAUGUGCCAAUGUGCAUAGUUUCUCGGAGAAUGGUGCCAGACCCAAUACUUCAUUGAUGAGUGCAAUUUGUGGUGCUGAGGAGCAGAACCAAUGCAGUCCAAGAAUGACUCGUUUAAACAAUGCUCCCCCAAGAGCUGAGACUAGUGGAAAGAGGGAAGCUCAAGGAAGUAGUGCAAGCAGAAAAGGAAAGCAGGUACCUCAGACUGGAGCUGUAAAUGUAAAUGUUGGGACUCAAGAGGGCUUUCACCAAAUGCAGGAGCUAUCAGAUAUGAGACCACAGCCUAUACAUAAUGUUGUACCAUCACAGUUUCAUAAUAUGAUGCCAACCAUGUUUAACAAUGUAACAUCAACCCAUUUUCAUACCGUAGCUGCUACACAUUUGCAUGAGAAUCCACUCCAGCGGUAGCUCAAACUUUACUGUCUUAAUCAUUUGGGUUGAGGGAAUUCAAUCCUGUGAACUUAUCAGAGGAGAGGUAUGGCUGUCUAUUAAACUUCAACUUUGCCAGAAUUCAAUUUUUACCUCCAUUUUGUAAAGAUGGCGUAGAAAAACUAUUCUAGUCCUGUAGGAAAGAGCAGUUACACUUUACAGCUUUGCCAGUGCUUAACUCUAGCAGGAAGCUAUUCCCUGUCACAUGUAUCAUGUUCUUGUAUGUUAGCUUGUGAAAUCAUCGUCUGUAGUCGCAUUUCGCUCUUGGUCUUUCCUUGCACACAUAUUAACAGUUGUUUUUCUUGACAUAUCUAAAGAAUUGAAUCCCGAAAUUCAAAAUUGUCAAUUUUAUGUUGUUGAGGUGUCCUCUGAACUCCGGAGUCUAAAAUACUUGGUUUGAUUAUAAAUUUACAAUGUAAUU